AUGGUAUCUGAUGGUUGGUGGAAUUUAAAGCUACAGAAGUAUCCUGAUGCGGCCAAAUUUUGUGAAAAGCCAUUGACAUUGCUCGAUGACAUGGACAUACUAUUCUCUGAUGUUUCUGCAACUAGUGAGUGGGCAUACACCCCAAGCUCUGGAGUGUUUCUUGACACUGAGAGAUCUCACACCCUACUUGGUGAUGAUACUGAUACAGAAAUCCAUUCGUCUGAAUUAAGCAACCAAUGUUGUCACCAAAAAGAGGGUCCAUCAAAGAAGCAAAAGGGGAACAAAAAACAAUCGGCUACCUGUGAGUUGAGUAAGACACUUAAUCGCAUUGUCGAUGCUAGAGAUAAUGCUGAUAUACAAAAUUCGCACACAAUAACUAAGUGUUUGGCUAAGAUUAGCAUAAUCUCUGGCGUUAGUGAAUACGAUGACCUUUUAGUUUGGGCUGCAAGGUUGUUCAUGAAACCCUCACUUCGUGAGUCUUUCAUGGCUUUGCCUAAUGAUGUGUUGCGUUUAAAGUUUAUUAACCUUGAAAUUGCUUUGGAAAAGGCUCGCAUUCUUGGUUUUCGUGAUUAG